AGCAGAGAAAGGAAUAGAGGCGACAAGCUAGAGCAGUUUUGGUGUUGGAGAAGGAAGGAGGAGGAAGGAAGCGCACAGAUUGUGUAACUGUGGAAUGACUAGACCUGGAUGGUCGCUGGCUGGCUGGUCGUCGUAACAUAGCCUACCUGUGGAAAUAAAUAGUGUUUUGAUCUCUAGUUAGCCGAACCCUCUCCUCUCCAUGGCGACGAGCAAGCAAGCGCCAGGAGCGUCAGGUCACAUCGACCCAUCUAGAAAGCGGGGCCAGUGGAUUUAAACCCAGUUCAGUCCAUCAGGCUGCCUAUCUAUCCACCCCAAGCGGCAAUGUCCGCCUUUUGCAUAGACCGCCACAAGUCAUCAUCGGUCGCCUCGGUUUCAGCACCACAAGAGCUGGACAGCGACCGAGCAGACGACCUGCUGGAGCCCAGCAGUAACACGCCUCAAGACGGGGAGGACUACCCGAACCACUCGCUGCUAGUAAACACUGGGCCCCGGGGUCUCGGCAUGGCUCUGGAAGAGGAGCUCGCCAUUCUAACGGGGGAGCGGGUGGAGGACUCGGAGCUGGCCGCCCUGGAAACACCUGUCAGCGGACAGGACACGGACUUACUGUCGCUCCUCCGCCAGAAGGAGAAGGACCUGGUUCUCGCUGCUAAGCUCGGCAAGGCUCUUCUAGAACGGAACCAGGACCUGACGAAGCAAUACGAUAAAAUGAACAAGGAUCUUAACGAGAGACUGGAGCAUCUGGAACAGGAGAAGCAUGAGCUGCGAUGUCGUCUGGAGAGGAGGGAGGGCGAGUGGGAGAGCCGAGUAUGCGAGCUGGAGAGCGAUGUACUUCAUAUGCAGGGGGAGCUGGAGAGGCAGCAGGCCCAGCUGCGGGAGGCCGACCGGGAGAAGGCCAGAGCCAUCGCAACACUCACCGAACACAACCAUAACCUACUGGAACAGCUGAAUAGGGCGGCGGAGGUGGAGAGGCAGUUGUCUACUCAGGUGCACUCGUUGCGGGACGACUUCCGGGAGAGGAGCGUGUCCAACACCCAGCACAUGUCCCGUCUGGAGAGCCUGCAGGCAGAGAUAAAGACGCUGUCGGAGCGCAAGAGGGAUCUGGAACGUCGUGUGAACGCCAUGCUGGAGGAGAACGCUCACCUGCAGAACACGCUGGAGAACCUGAGAGACAGAACACUCGUACUGGAGAAGCAAUGCCAUGAGAAGGACCUACAGCUUCGUCAGGGUCAGCUGGAGCUUCAGGAAGUGCGUUUGUCUCAUCGCCAGCUGAGCGCUCGACUGGAGGAGCUGGCCGACGAGAAGAGCCUCAGCCUCAGCACACACACACACACACUCACACACACACUCACGCACACACACGCCAACACACACACGCCAACACACACACACACGCACAGCCUGCUCAGCGAGAUCGAACAGAGCAUGGAGCAAGAGGAGCUGGAACAGGAGAGGGAACAGCUGCGUCUCCAGUUGUGGGAGGCAUACUGCCAGGUGCGUUCCAUUUGCUCCCAGCUCAGAGGAAAUGACAUCACAGACUCUGCCCUCUCGACGGACAGCUCCAUGGACGAAUCAUCUGAGACGCUGUCUGCUAAGGACCUGCCCACCGGCAGCCUCCACUCCAGCCUAUUGGAGCUCAGGAGACUCACCCAGAACAUACUGGACGGCAACGAGUCCACGGGUUCUCGUCGUAGUGAUGAGGAGGCACUGGAGGAUCAGGUCCGUAAGCUGAGUGAGGAGUUGAGGAGUAUGAAGGAUCUUUAUGAGAGCGAGCAAGAGAGAACACACACCAGCCAAGACGACAUGCUGCAACUACACAACCAGGUGGCGCUCCUCUCUGUGGAGGUUUGUUCGUGGCGCGAGGAGACAGAGAGACUCAGGAAGAUGGCCGACAUGCACGAACCAAACGAGCAACUGCAGAGUGCCAUAAAGGACCGAGACGACGCCAUAGCCAAGAAGAAGGCUGUGGAGAUGGAGCUAGCCAAGUGUAAGAUCGACAUCAUGUCUCUAAACAGUCAGCUGCUGGACGCCAUCCAACAGAAACUCAACCUCUCCCAACAGCUAGAAGCAUGGCAGGAUGACAUGCAGAGAGUGAUCGACCAGCAGCUGAUGGACAAGCACCAGGAGGAAUGGGACACGCCCUACUCCUUCUCCUCAGCCAAUGGGGGCUCUCGACGCACCUCAGGCUCCGCCUCUCGACGCUCCCACCGCGACAGAAGGCUCUUCUCCUUCUUCAAGAAGAACUGAGAGCCAAGAAGCGAGGGAUACAGAGAGAGAGAGAGAGGAGAGAGAGAGAGGGGAGAAGAGGGAGAGUGGUUUAACUCAAAACACAACCUCUUGCCAAAGACUGAUUGUAAAUGCACAGAAAUAAUUAAGUACAGAGGAGGAACAGAGACGGAUGAUGCAACACAAUGU